UCAUUAUUGCAUAUUCCUAGUCUCUAUUUUGUCUCAGCGGACAAGAAAGGUCACUGUAUUCAAGCACUCGGUCCGUCAUCGGACAUCCAGAAAAUCAGAGUCCGUGUCUUACAAGUCCGUUUGCAAUGCAGAUCUUGAAUUCACCGCUUUCACCACCGAUUUUGUCGGCCAAAGAUUCAACUCGCGGAAUGGUCAGAUCUUCACGAGAUUAUGUUCGUGUCGGAACACAGAAGAAUCACGCUCCGACACAGUCUUCCUUCCACAAUCUCUGUUCUUGUGGAAAAAGGCAUUUCCUUGAAGCCACCGCUACGACGCCGUUUCUUCCCAUCCGUCCCUCCUUGCACGCUUCCGGCUCCACUGCUUCCGGCUCCAUGGUUGAUUCCCCUUCUCCUUGUCUUGUUUCGUAUUUCAUGGAUAUGGACAUGAGGAACACAACGCAUCCUCGAAGGCCAGAUUGGUAUCAAGGGUUUUUCGCUUGGUUUCUAUCCAAAUUCAUGGCCUCUUACGAGGCAGAGGUUGCGAGUUACAAGAUGAAGCUGUUUGACAAACUGGUGGGAAAGGCUGAGAAAGUGUUGGAAAUCGGCAUCGGAACAGGACCGAAUCUGAAGUACUACGCUGGUAAUAAGAAUGUUUCUGUUUAUGGUGUGGACCCGAAUCCCAUGAUGGAGAAAUAUGCUCGCGAAUCAGCUGCGGAAGCCGGUCUGGAACCAGAGAAAUUCAGAUUUAUCCAUGCAGUCGGAGAAUCGAUACCAUUAGACGAUGCAUCCGUUGAUGCAGUCAUUGGGACACUCGUCCUCUGUUCUGUCUCAGAUGUAGCUCAAACACUCAGUGUUUCCAUGGUUUUGUAUUCUUCAGAGAUAAAGCGAGUGCUUAGACCAGGAGGAGCCUAUCUUUUCAUAGAGCAUGUGGCUGCAGAAGAUGGGUCGAUUCUGAGGUUUGUGCAGAAUGUGUUGGAUCCAUUGCAGCAAGUAGUUAUGGAUGGAUGCCAUUUGACGAGACGAACAGGAGAGUACAUUUUGGAAGCUGGCUUUAAUGGCGGCCAAGAAAUCAACAAGAUCUCUGUGCAUAGCAUUCCACAUGUGAGCUCUCAUGUUUAUGGUGUCGCCCACAAGUGAAAAAAAAAAACUCAGAGAGGACGAACAAUGUUAUAUUCAAAGGCACUCAUUGUCUUCUUCCUCUGUCACUGUCACGGCAAUGGAAAACAUCGACAUUUGUAUA